AUGUAUCUUAAAAAUUCAGAAUAUAAAAUAAUUUAGAAUCUUGGAUCAGGUUCAGAUCAUUAUGUCUUUAAAGGAUAGCAUAAUAAGACUUAAAAUAUUUGUGCUAUAAAAAUAGAAAAAAAAUCAGGGAUUGGUUAAUUAGAAAAUGAAAUUUAGAUCCUUUAAUAGCUUUAAGGAAUAGAUGGAAUACCAAAAAUAAUUGAAAUUGGAAAGACUAAUGAUUUAAAGUAAUUUUAAUAUUUAAGUUAGGAAUUUUCUAAUUAUUCCAUUGCUAAAUUGCAGUCUUCAGGAUUUAGGAAAGUCAGAGAAACUAUCUCUAUGGAGCAUAAUAGCUAUUGGUUUAAGUGUAAUACGAAUUAUGAGGGAAGUUCAUAAUAAAGGAAUAUUACAUCUUGAUAUAAAGCCAGAAAACAUUAUGGUCACUUCAAAUUCAAUAAUCAAUUCUACAGAAUAAAUUUUAAUUUCUGGAAACGUAAAUCUAAUCGAUUUUGGAUUAUCUUAAAAUAUAAGAAAUACUAUAUUCUUAAAACAAACUUUUAUAGGUUCGUUAAGGUUUGCAAGUCGAUAAUCACAUAGAAGAGAAUAACUUGGUUAUAAAGAUGAUUUAGAGAGUUUACUUUAUGUAUUAGCUUAUUUAAGAAAUAGUAAGUAUUUUUUUUAUUUUAGAAAAAUUACCUUGGCAAUACUAUCAGUAAAUGGCAUUUUAUUUAAUGGAUAUAAAGAAAAUUGGAGCUAUAAAAGAUUAAAGUUAUAAAACUUCUUUGCUUUCAUAAUAAUUUCCUCCAUAAUUCUAUCACUUCCAACAAUAUAUUGAUAAUUUGAACCAUUCUUCUUUACCAGAUUAUAAUUAUAUAGAAGAAUUAUUCAAAUAAAUGCUAUCAUUAAAUUAUGCUUAAAUAAAACCUUCUCUUUCAGAAACUUAUUAAUUUAAUAUUUUAAGAGAUUUAGAAAAUUCUGAAGAUAACAUAGUAAAUGAAUCAAUCUCAAAUCGAAAUGCAGAUGAUCUAAAAGUAACUUUAAUCUCAGAUUUAAUAAAAGCUUACCAAACUAUUAAGAUAAAAUCAAUCAAAGAUAUUCAUUUCUGA